CGGCACGCCCCGCUCCCGGCACCCACCGUCCGAGGGGGCUAGCAGAGGAGAGGGCGCGGAGCCGGCAGUGCAGGAAAUAAACAACUUCUGAUGCAAGAAGCACGAUGAAAUUCGGUUGCCUUUCCUUCCGACAGCCCUACGCAGGGUUGCUUCUAAACCGAGUCAAAACGGUAGAGACUCGCUGGCGUCCUUUUCUAGCAGGCUACAAGAACUGCACCAUUGCUGUUCAUAUAGCUGUUAAGGACUGGGAAGACGAAACAUGGAGCGAAAUUCUUCUGAAUAGGUUCGGCAUGACAUCGAAACAACUGCAAGAUUUGUUGGAUGAAGGGGAAAAAUUUGGCAGAGGAGUUAUUGCAGGAUUAAUUGACGUUGGAGAGACAUCACUAUAUCCAGAAAACCUGCCUCCUGAAGAGAUUAUGGAGCUGGAAAACAAAGCUGUCCUCAGCAAUCUAGAACAGAAAUACUUGACUGUUGUUUCAAAUCCCAGAUGGCUCCUGGAACCAAUUCCUGCCCGAGGGAGAACAGGGGUGUGGCAGGUGGACAUCCCUGAAGAACUGAUCCCUUCAGAAUUUUAGGUGUUACCCCUUACUAUUAUUUUUCCUGCCUAAAUGCAGAUUUUUAUUUAAGUUGCUGACUUGUGAAUUACAUCAGUAUCUUGUUUAGGAUUCUAUUCCAAAACUAUUUCAAAUGGCAAAUAUAUUUGAAAAACUACUUUUUUGAUGCAAAGCAAACAAGAUGUGUCUUUAUGACUAUUACAGGAAAUUAUUAAUUUUUUCUAGACUUUUCCUGUAUGAACACUAAGUGACAUUUUUAAAAUGUAUAGUUAUGGAUGGCAUUCCAAUUGAAAUGUAAAUGAUUUUUUGACAUCUGCAUCUCUGAUUAUAGGAAAAUGGUGCUUAAAAGCAGGCUGCCACAAUUAAUAAGACAUCUGUCCCAGACCGUCUUUGUCCUGCCUUAAGGAUAGAUUAUUUUCUUCACAUUUCAGGCACACAAGAUGUACAUAUAAUGGAUAUACCUCUGUGAUCUGACAAACAUUGCGCCAAGGCCAUUACAAGGUGCUUAUACAAAAUUAAAUUAUUACGUUUUUUCUCUUAAGAUGAAAAAUACUAGUUAUCUUUGAAAAUCUAAUACUGAAUUCAAGACAAGUGGGAAGAAUUACAAAUAAUAGCCACUAAGUUUCAGGACUCUCAAGAUGUUUCCAAAACUUACAGCCUAUGUCACGUUUUGGCUUCAUGACCUCGGACCUGGGCCAGCUAGGAGUGGUGUGGCUAAAUAACAGGAUGGGCUUAGUUGUCUGACCCAAAAAGUAAAACUGCUUUAAUGGCAAAAUAAUAAACGGCAGAAGGCAAACACACAGUACAGGGUCAACCCCAAAAGGUGAAAAAGGGUGGGUACAACAGUAUAUAAAUGGAAGAUCUGAGGGUGUAUCUGAAGGCAGGGUUCCAAUCACAGACUGAGAUUACAAAUACUAAAAAUAAUGUGGCAAAUGACAACCAAUCAGGGGAGAGAA